AUGCAGAUUUUCGUGAAGACUCUGACUGGUAAGACCAUCACCUUGGAGGUGGAGUCCUCGGACACCAUCGACAACGUGAAGGCGAAGAUCCAAGAUAAGGAGGGCAUCCCGCCGGAUCAGCAACGUUUGAUUUUCGCGGGGAAGCAGCUCGAGGACGGCCGCACGUUGGCGGAUUACAACAUCCAAAAGGAGUCUACGCUCCACUUGGUGUUGCGCUUGCGAGGUGGUAUCAUUGAACCGUCCCUCGUUGUGUUGGCGAAGAAGACGAACGUGGACCGCGCCGUGUGCCGCAAGUGCUACGCGCGCCUCCCGCCGCGUGCGACCAACUGCCGCAAGAAGAAGUGCGGCCACUCCAACCAGCUGCGCUUGAAGAAAAAGCUCAAGUAA